GACAUAAAGAUAGUGCAUAGAUUAGAUUUACAGAUAAAGAGAAAAAUGGCGCUACAUUGCUCCUCCUCAGCAGCAGCAGUAGCAAUUUUCAAGUCUCGUGUCUCUCUCAAAUCACCUUUGUUUCCAAUCUCAAUUUCAUUUCAAAACCCUAAUUCUUAUUAUUCUACUACUACAAUUUCAUGUACUGCAACAGCCAAAUCCCCAACUGGCCCUAUCAACCGUAACAAAACUACUACUUCUUCUUCUACCUCUAAAAAGAAGAAGAAAAAGAAGAAUUCUGAAACUUUGAAUCUCGACAACGAUUUUGAAGUUUUGGGUGAAUUUUCUGUAAAUGAUGAUGUUCGAAAUGCAGUUAUUGAUUCUAAUUUAUCUUUAUAUAAUUUCUCUGAUGAUAUGCCGUUGCCAGACCCUCCCACUGGUUUCUCUGUCGACGAAAAUGGCGUUGUUCUCCUCACUUCAACAAAUCGACUUGCCACUAUAGUUGAUCCUUUGAAUAACCUUCCAUUGGAAUGUGUGAUACGAAGAGUGUUCCGAAAUUCUGAUAGAGAGGAAUGCAUGUUGCUCAACCCUGUUGACACGCCUGUGCUAGUAUUGAAGACCACACUUGAUGGAUUCGCAGAUAUCGAUGAAGAGAAAAUUGAAUCUAUUCUGCCUGCUGCAGCUUUUGCGCUUGCCAAAAUACACAUGCAUCUUGUUCAUAGUGGGCUCUGUUACACGGCACGUGGUGGUUUGAGCUACACAGAACGAAAUAUAAUUGACUUCCGCACAGAUGAUGGUAAAGAAGUGGAAGGCUUGCCAAGUGAAGGUGUAGAAAUUACAUAUUUUGAUCUGGAAGGUUCUCAGUACCUGAUUUAUACACCAUCUGAACCAACGCAUUUUGUAGUUGUGAAGGAUGAGAAUGGGGUGUUUCAACUGGCUGAUGAUGACAUGAUUGAUGAUCCGGCUGUUAUUGAUGCCAUAGACGAGGAGACUGAAUUUAAUGCCUUGGUGGAAGAAGAAGCUGCACUUAUUGAAGCAAUCAUGAAGGAGCAUGAUGAUGAUGAUGAUGAUGAUGAAGAAGAUAACUAACCUCAUACUUAUUGGCUGUAGAGCUGUCACCACCAUGUUAGUUUGGUUUUUGUUUUGUUUCGGUUACCAUGUUUAGUUAGUACUACUUGUUAUCUAGAAAGUAGUGAUGGAAUGGAAUGAUCCACCUUUGUGUAUAUGAGUAAAUUUGUAAGGACUGCAGUGAUAUAUAGGGAAAGUAAUUGGCUGUGCUCUUGAACUAUGAAGGGUUAAUAUUUUUUCUCAGGAAUUUCCUCAUUGACUUUACCACAAUUGAUUUUAUCAAUUUCAUCUAUGUUUUUUCUUUCA